CGAGUAUAUAAGCUCCCUGGGUCUCCAACCGGGACACCAGUCGAGGUAAAGGGACGGAUACACUAUGUACUUGGUACUUUUCGCCGCCGUGGCCAGCGUGGCAGUCGCCCUCCCCCAGUACCCAACCCCUGCCCCAGACCCCUCGCCGUCCUAUGGCGUCCCCUCCUCCCGGGGCGCGGGGCAGGUGCAGGAGGUCGUGCCCAUUCUGAGGGACGAGCGAGUCCAAGAGGACGACGGCAGGUACAGCGUCGAUGUCGAGACUGCCAAUGGAAUCGUUGCCUCGGAGUCUGGCUCUCCCGAAGGUCCCGAGGGCGCAGUUGUCAAGGCCGGACAAUACGCUUACACCGCUCCUGACGGCUCCCUGAUCGAAGUCAAGUUCACCGCCGACGAGAACGGCUUCCAGGCCGAGGGCGACCACCUGCCCGUGGCUCCCGAGUUCCCCCACCCGAUCCCUCAGUUCGUCCUCGACCAGAUCGCCUUCGCCGCUGAGGAGGACGCCCUUGCUGCAGCCGAGACCAGAGAUUCUUCGCCUCCCCAGCUGUACCAGAGGCCACAGUAGAUGGUCUGGAGCGUGCGUUGUACAUAACGACGUGGUGAAAAACUUUGUGAAACUUUUGUACAUAUUUAAUUUAUUCGUCAUGUGUGAAUGGCAUUGUAAGUGUAUUAGAAUAGAAUGCAGACAUUA